AUAGAGAACAAUGUCGGCUAUAGAUGUGACUUGUUAACCGAAAUCUAAGGGAAACCCAUGCGUGUACCACAUGCCCCACACGUUAAACAAGGUGAUUUGUGCUGCGUUUUUUUUCCCUUGGUUGUUUCUACCUCUAGAAUUAAUUGGGGAUAGACCCUAUAUAAAGAGAGUCAAGGACUUAGCAAGAACAUACCAAAAUUAAGCUUCAAAGAAGAGAAAAAUGGCAAAUAAGUACCAUAUUCGCUCAAUUAGUUUACCUUCUAGAUCUCACCCUAGCACCAUUAGAGUGGAGGAGGAGCUGAGCAAGCUAAAGACUUGGGAAGGAAAAUCGACACCCUCUUUAGAGUCCAUUCAGAAUGGCCUGUCCUUGCUUCAAGAACUGUACCUUGCUUUGGAUGAUCUUCUCAACAUGUCAUCCACCCAACAAGUGAUUUCUCUCCACAAAGGUGACAAAUGUGUGGAAGAAGUGUUGGAUGGUUCUAUGAGAAUUUUGGAUAUGUGUGGCAUCACAAGGGACACCUUGUUGCAGAUCAAGGAAAAUGUCCAAGCCCUUCACUCUGCCCUUCGAAGAAGAAAAGGAGAUUCAAGUGUUGAAACGAGUGUGGCUGAGUACAAAUUCUUCGCUAAGAAGAUGAAGAAGAAUGUGAACAAGUUGAUCACAUCAUUGAAGCAUAUGGAUUCCAAGUUUGGGGUGUCCCCACUUUUGGAUCUUGAUCACCACCUUGCUUCUGUGACUAGAGUGCUGAGGGAAGUCAUUGUGAUAAACUUGUCGGUGUUCCAAUCUAUUUUGUCAUUCUUGACCGUGUCUUCGUCGAAAUCGAAGGGAACGAAAUGGUUGCUGGUGGCAAAACUGAUGCACAAGGGGGUAAAACCGUCUGAGGAGAACUCAGAGAAUGAGAAUGAGUUGUGUUGUGUGGAUAUGGCUUUGAGCACUCUUCUAAAUGAAGGUGCUCAUGAUGAGAGCAUUCGGGUAGCGCAUGAAAGAUUGGAGGCUUUGGAGAAUGCCAUUGAAAGUGUUGAGAAUGGCUUGGAGAGUGUUUUUAGGCGCUUGAUUAAAACCAGAGCUUCCCUUCUCAAUAUAAUCUCUCAGUAGGGUACUUUCAGUACCAAUUUUUCUACAAAUCCUAAUAUGCAUACAAAUUUUAGGAGUAUGCUAAGGAAUGAUUUGUACAUGAUUUGUAUAUGUAUACAAUCCAGAAGUAAUACAAUGAUUUCUGUUACUUAUUU